AUGCAGGCUUGUGGUUUAAAGUUGCCCACUGGCAGCACCUCCAGCAGGAAGCUCUGUAGCCGCCGACGAGCCCGGAAGCGGCAUGAACAGUACAAGAAAGCCCAUUUGGGCAGCCCUUUUAGACGCACUUCUCAUGCCAAGAGAAUUGUGCUCGAAAAAAUAGGGGUUGAAGCCAAACAGCCAAAUUCUGCCAUCAGGAAAUGUGUCAGGGUUCAGUUCACCAAGAAUGGCAAAAAAUCACAGCCUUUUGUACCCAGUGAUGGUUGCUUGAAUUUUAUUGAGGAAAAUGAUGAAGUUCUGGUUGCUGGAUUUGGUUGCAAAGGUCAUGCUUUUGGUGACUUUCCUGGAGUCCUCUUUAAGGCUGUCAAAGUAGCCAGUGUCUCUUUUUUGGCCUUACACAAAUGCAAGAAGGAUAGACCAAGAUCAUAAAUGUUGAUGAUGAAAGAAUGAUAGUAAUAAAUUUUCAUAUACCAAAAAAAAAUUAAAUGUGAUAUGAUAGUUAAGCAAAAGCACAUCCUUGUCACACAGAGCAGAAUAAGGGGCAGCUGCUGUUUAUUGGGACGCUCAUUACAUUACACCUUUGCACUUCUUGAUGCUCGCUAUCAUAGGCACUUGUCACUACCUGUGUUCAGUCAUGUCCAACUCUUUGUGACCCUGUGACUGUAGCCCACCAGGCUCCUCUGUUCAUGAGAUUUUCCAGCC